AUGCUCUUCAACUCGCCAAAAGCAGCAAAGCGAAUUGGAGUUCAGUUCCUGUCAGUUGCAAGUGCAGAAUGCUUUGGUCGAGAUGUCUCUCCGACGCACUUUGCAUCCCUGUUAAAGGAAUGCAUGUCUGUGAAUACAGUCCGUCAAAUUCACCAGAAGAUAAUUGCUUAUGGCCUUCUUUCUUAUCCAGCAUCGUUGCUGUCAGUGUCACUCCCACCACUUCCAUCGCGCAUUCGUAUGUAUCGCCAAAAUCUUUGGGAUGCACUAAAGGUUUUCAAUGCAAUGGAAUUCAAGGAUGUCGUUUCUUGGAAUGCAAUGGUUAUUGGAUACACCCAAAGUGGGAACUUUGGGGCAGCCUUCGAGCUUUUCAAGAAUAUGCACAAGGAAAAUAUCCCGCUAGACGUCAUAACAUGGAGUGCUGUAAUUGCAGGGUAUGCUCAGAGGGGAUGUGGCCAAGAGGCCCUUGAUGCAUUCCAGCAAAUGAUUCUUUAUGGCUCAGAGCCAAAUUCUGUCACUAUCAUCUCUGUAUUGUCUGCUUGCGCUUCCUUGGGAGCAUUGUCUCAGGGUAUGGAAACUCAUGCAUACUCUCUGAAGAAGUGCCUUCUAUCCUUGGAUAAUGAUUUUGGUGGUGACGGUGAUGGUGAGGAUCUAAUGGUGCACAAUGCAUUAAUAGAUAUGUACUCAAAGUGCAGAAGCUUCAAAGCUGCACGCUCCAUAUUUGAUUCCAUACCUCGAAGGGAACGUAAUGUGGUGACUUGGACCGUCAUGAUUGGUGGGUAUGCGCAAUAUGGAGACUCGAAUGAUGCCCUCAAGCUUUUCUCAGAGAUGAUUUCAAAACCAUAUGCAGUUGCCCCAAAUGCUUAUACAAUUUCUUGCAUUUUGAUGGCCUGUGCACAUUUGGCAGCUCUUCGUACUGGUAAGCAGAUUCAUGCUUAUGUCGCCCGCCACCAUGAGUAUGAAGCAUCUGUGUACUUUGUGGCAAACUGCCUUAUCGAUAUGUACUCAAAGUGUGGUGAUGUCGAUACUGCUAGAAAUGUAUUUGAUAGCAUGCCUAAAAGGAAUGAAGUAUCUUGGACUUCAAUGAUGUCAGGGUAUGGAAUGCAUGGUCGUGGUAAGGAGGCUUUGGACAUAUUUGACAAGAUGCAAAAGGCAGGCUUUGUUCCUGAUGAUAUUUCCUUCCUGGUUCUUCUUUACGCUUGUAGCCAUUCUGGCAUGGUGGAUCAAGGUCUGGAUUACUUUGAUAUCAUGCGUAGAGAUUAUGGUGUAGUUGCCAGUGCAGAGCAUUAUGCUUGUGUUAUUGACUUGCUGGCUCGCUCUGGGCGAUUAGAUAAGGCAUGGAAAACGAUUCAGGAAAUGCCAAUGGAGCCUAGUGCAGUUAUCUGGGUUGCAUUACUUAGUGCCUGCAGAGUUCAUUCGAAUGUGGAACUUGCUGAAUAUGCUCUGAACAAACUGGUCAGUAUGAAAGCAGAGAAUGAUGGAUCCUACACGCUUAUCUCCAACAUAUAUGCUACUGCAAGGCGGUGGAAAGAUGUAGCAAGAAUCAGACAACUGAUGAAAAAUCGGGGAUUAAGAAGAGGCCAGGAUGCAGCUGGGUCCAAGAGACUAAUUGGUCGCAUCAAGGUUAUGGGUUAUGUCCCAGAGACAAACUUUGCACUGCACGAUGUUGAUGACGAGGGAAAAAUAAUCUUCUCACUGAACACAGUGAGAAGCUUGCUCGCAUAUGGGCUCCUCACAACUUCCCUGGUUGUCCCAUACGGAUCACAAAGAACCUUCGUGUUUGCGGUGAUUGUCACAGUGCAUUCACCUACAUCUCCAAGAUUGUCGACCAUGAGAUCAUUGUACGAGAUUCCAGUCGCUUCCAUCAUUUCAAGAAUGGCUCUUGUUCCUGCGGUGGCUAUUGGUGAUAUCUUGUCCUGUGAAAGCAGCAGGUGCAGAAGAAAUACUAAUGUUUUCUGA